AUGCGUCCCCGCCUGCGCUACGACGAUGUCGCCUGGGAGAAAAGCGAAGCCGUCGCCGAUGGCUGGGUUCGUCAGUUUCUUGAGCCCGAAGUCCUCCAACAGGUGGGCAGGUUCCUGGUCAGACACCAUCGUCCGGGAGAUGCGGUCGAAUUCAGCUUCCUGGAGAAAGGCUCGUACAACAUCGCGUUCCAGAUGGAAUACGAGAAUGCAAUCACGGCCGUCAUACGUUUCCCCCAGCCAGGUGCCACCGUCUUUCCGGAAGAGAAAGUCCGCAAUGAAGUCGCUACCAUGCGAUACAUCUACGAUCAGACUUCCAUCCCUGUUCCGUUUAUCCACCACUGGGGGACGAGGAAGGAGAGUCCGCUGGAAUUGGGUCCUUUUAUUAUCAUGGACUAUAUCGAGCAUGAGACGAGCCUGUAUGAUGCUCUGAACACGCCUGGGUGCCCUAAGGAAGAUCGAGGAACUCUUGACCCGAAUAUCAAUAAGACCAAAUUAGAGGCUCUUUACAGAGAGGCCGCAAAUAUUUUGCUUCAGCUGUCUCGACCACAGCUACCCCGGGUAGGGUCCCUAGACCAGGUUGACGAUUUCACCUGGGAAGUGACACAGAGACCUCUAUCAAUGCCUAUGAAUACUCUGGUUCAACUGGGAUCCUUACCCCAAGCAAAGCUACCAGCCACGACUUUUGACACCGCAUCCUCCUACUUUGAAGCCCUCGCGGAGCUGCACAUCGCUCACAUCGUCAACCAGCGCAAUGAUGCAAUUGACUCAGCCGAAGAUUGUCGGCGCAAGCUGGUUGCUCGAUAUCUGUUCCGCAAACUCGCCCGAGAACAUCGCUUAACCGAGAAGUGGACAUCCUUCGACAAAGGCCCGUUCAAACUCUGGUGCGACGACUUCCGCCCAGCCAACAUUCUCCUGAACGACGACCUGAAAAUCGCGGGCGUUGUCGACUGGGAAUUCACAUAUGCCGCCCCAGUCGAAUUCUCCUUUGCGCCGCCGUGGUGGCUUUUGAUCGAAAAGCCGGAAUACUGGCCCUGCGGCCUCGACGACUGGUGUCGCGAGUACGAACGACGCCUACACACCUUUCUCAGCGUGAUGAGAGACCAAGAGGACAAAGCAAUCGAACAGGGCUGGCUGAAGAAUACGCAGCGACUCUCUGGUCCGAUGCAAGAUAGCUGGGCGAGUGGAGACUUCUGGAUUGCGUAUGCGGCGCGGAAUAACUUCGCCUUUGACCUGAUCUACUGGCACAGGAUUGAUCAGCGAUUCUUUGGGCCGACCUCUUCUCCCAUCGACGAUGUUUGGAAGCAGAGACUCGAUCUCUUGGCGCCGGAAGAGACGGCUGAUAUUGAAAGAUUUGUGGCGAUCAAGCUCGAAGAGAUGAAGACUCGGGUAUUGGCUUGGGACCCGGAUGAUUACACCAAGGAGCUCGCAGAGAAAGGAUCUGAGGAUAGCGCAGCUCAGGGGGGUGAAAACGGAGGAGCUGACGAUCGCGUGGACGACGGUGGUGAUGCUGGCUUGGAUCGGCUGGCGGGGUUGUCUCUCUGA